GGCUGAUAAAUCACACCUCUUGCAUUAUACCUUUCCUUUCUGCUUUUUUUUUUUUUUUUUUCCCUAGCACAGCUUUUAUAGUUGUUCAAGAUCAGGGAAAGCACCUGCCAGUUGCUUUUUUCUUCGUUUUGCUCCCUUCUUCUGCCUCGUGCAAGAUGGAGCUAGAAAACGAAAUGAUCAGCUCCUCCAGCAAUUCUUCAGCAGGCUCCAGAGAGUACAAGGUGGUGAUGCUGGGAGCAGGGGGAGUUGGCAAAAGCGCAAUGACAAUGCAGUUCAUAAGCCAUCGGUUCCCUGACUAUCAUGACCCAACUAUAGAGGAUGCCUAUAAAACUCAAGUCCGAAUUGACGAUGAACCAGCCUAUUUGGACAUUCUAGACACUGCUGGGCAGGCAGAAUUCACAGCCAUGAGGGACCAAUACAUGAGGGGUGGAGAAGGCUUCAUUAUCUGCUACUCCAUCACAGACCGCCAAUCCUUCCAAGAAGCUGCUGAGUUCAAGGAGCUCAUUUAUCGUGUCCGGCACACCUAUGACAUCCCUGUGGUACUGGUGGGAAACAAAAUAGAUCUUGAAGAGUUCAGACAGGUCUCAACUGAAGAAGGAAUGAGUUUAGCCAGGGAAUACUCCUGCUCUUUUUUUGAGACUUCAGCUGCCCUCCGCUUCUACAUCGAUGAUGUCUUUCAUGGACUAGUGAGGGAAAUUCGAAGGAAAGAGUCCUCACUGUCCAUGGUAGAGAAGAAGAUGAAGAGGAGGGAUAGCCUGUGGAAGAAACUGAAAGGAUCCCUGAAGAAAAAAAAGGAAAAUACAACCUGAUGGCAGUCCUCCAGGAGCCACCCCUCAGGAGCUGACCAGAGUAACCUGUAAUUGCUCAAAGAGGCAGCACUGGGACAGCAUCUUCCAGAGCAGGUUCUGGAGUUCCUUCCCUUCAGCCCUCAUGCAGGAGUAGCUCCUUGAAGGACCAGUUCAUGGUUGCCCUGUGGCUCUUCUGUACUAUAAAUAAAGUCAUUUAUCAUACCCUCUCAUCCCUUUUCUGCAAGUCCAAAUGGAUAAAAUACUGUAGUUUUUAAUGUGUGUUCCCUGACUGGUCUUCAAAUGCUACAAGUUACACCAGCAUCCAAGGCAAAACGAGCUUCUACCAGCUCUAGGACAAUAGAUGCACUUAUUGCCUCCUCUCUGCAUGCAUGGAUAAUUUCAAUGUCGCAGGAAUGAAUAAUGUAGAUUUCAAUGGGCAUUUUGACUGUCUAAGGACUUUUGGAUUUGACCCCCAGCUUUACAUUCACAUGUGGGUUUAGGGUUAGACUGUGCUCAGCCUCCAACCACGUGCCUGUGUGCAAAUGUGUGUGUGAAUGAGGCCCAAAGGGAAUGAUGGGGACUCACAAUUUUGA